AGCCAAAUUUUUACAAUAUUUGUUCCUGUGCUGAGGACAUUGUGUAGCCUACGUUUAAAGAUCUGAUAACUUUUCUACACGUUUUUACGAGCGUUUUUAAAGUUUUCUUGCGCUAAGAGCUUCGGGUAAAUGUACCAGUCGCCAUCCUUUUUCCUACGGAGGAUUGUGUGGAAUUUUUGUCCAUCCUUAGCUCUAAUUUUAAGGCUAAAAGUCUGUUUUGUUUGCUCCACCGUUAAGUUUUUUUGUUUCUCUUAGCAGACCACUACUGACUCAGUUGCCGUAUUCGUUAAAGAUCUCGGAAGAUACCAAAGAUUAAAAAGCGCAUGAGCAUUUCACCAAUCGUCAUGUUGAGUUUGCUGAUUUUACCCUUGAUUGCCCUGAGCUCUGCAGCAGAAGACACCUGCAGAAACAAGACCAUUCAACUGUGUUGCCGUGGACAACCGGGAACAAACGGUAUUCCCGGUAUGCACGGCAUACAGGGAUCCCCAGGACGUGAUGGACGAGAAGGGCGCGGCGGAGCCAGAGGAGACCGGGGUCUUCCAGGGAGGACUGGACCUAAGGGACCAGCUGGUGUCGAAGGAAAGAAAGGAGAUAAGGGAGAUCCUGGAGUUCAGGGCCCCACCGGUCAAAAAGGACAGCGAGGGGAGAAAGGUGAGAGUGUAACUCCAGGAUCACCUCAGCUUUCCUCGCACAUGAACUGGAAAGAAUGCACCUGGAAACAUGGAGAUGGCAAAGACCAAGGACUGAUCAGGGUAGGAGGAUAUUUCACCAUCCACAGAUCUCGGAAGAUACCAAAGAUUAAAAAGCGCAUGAGCAUUUCACCAAUCGUCAUGUUGAGUUUGCUGAUUUUACCCUUGAUUGCCCUGAGCUCUGCAGCAGAAGACACCUGCAGAAACAAGACCAUUCAACUGUGUUGCCGUGGACAACCGGGAACAAACGGUAUUCCCGGUAUGCACGGCAUACAGGGAUCCCCAGGACGUGAUGGACGAGAAGGGCGCGGCGGAGCCAGAGGAGACCGGGGUCUUCCAGGGAGGACUGGACCUAAGGGACCAGCUGGUGUCGAAGGAAAGAAAGGAGAUAAGGGAGAUCCUGGAGUUCAGGGCCCCACCGGUCAAAAAGGACAGCGAGGGGAGAAAGGUGAGAGUGUAACUCCAGGAUCACCUCAGCUUUCCUCGCACAUGAACUGGAAAGAAUGCACCUGGAAACAUGGAGAUGGCAAAGACCAAGGACUGAUCAGGAACUGCGAAUUUAUGAAGAACUUCACAGACACUGCCCUCCAUGUAUAUUUUGCUGGUAACCUCAGGAUUUAUGCAUGCGACCGCUGCUGUAGUCGUUGGUAUUUCACCUUCAAUGGCACCGAGUGCAGCUUUCCUGGCUCCAUUGAAGGUGCGGUCUAUAUGCAAACCGGCAAGAACCAUGAUCUUCAUCGUCACCGCCAUAUUGAAGGUUACUGUAACAACAUCCAUAAGGGAAAGGUGCGAGUGGGAUUCUGGGUUGGAAGUUGCAACGCUGGCCAUAAGCUUGCUGACGCAUACACAGGCUGGGCGACGCUGUCCCGUAUCUUCGUUGAAGAGGUUCCAAAAGCUCAGCACUCAUUCAUCUUUGAACAGCAACAAGUAAGUUCUGUAAACCGCUCGCUGAAGUUUUUUCACGCUAAAUCUAACGUAUCUUAUCUUCUUUCCGGCACUGUAGCUUCCUCUAUUUACUGUAUCGACACAAACGCUGAGUUCGGUGAAGAAUAUCGAAAGAUGGCCGCACCUCGUAUUAAUAUUUUGCCCAACAUCUUGAUGGGUUUGCUGAUUUUGCCGCUGGUCACCUUGUGCUGGGCUUCGACCAACUGCACCCAAUCGACGCCACCAUAUGGACAUUGCAGCCAAAACUGCUGCUAUUGCCCACCAGGAGUGCCAGGAAUGCCGGGUAUGUCUGGUUCCGCGGGUAUUCCGGGAUUGCCGGGCCCACAAGGAUGCAUGGGUCCGAAGGGAGACAAAGGCGACCAAGGAAAUCCUGGAAUCCAAGGCCCCCCAGGCCCCCAAGGAUAUAAUGACUCAGCGGGACCUCCGGGAUCCCCCGGAUCAAAGGGGCCGAAAGGCGACAAAGGGGACACAGGCAACCAAGGAAUCCAAGGCCCUCCAGGCCCUCCGGGAACAUUUGGACGAAACUGGAAACAAUGCGUUUUUAGCGGUAUGAGUGACGGAAAAGAUGUUGGCUUGAUCAAGGAAUGUGUCUUCAACAAAACAUCAGACGAAACUGGUCUGCGCGUCUUCUGGAAUGGUGUUCUUCGCAUCUACAACUGCCAUGGCUGCUGCAAGCGAUGGUAUUUCACCUUUGACAAGAAAGAAUGCUCUUUUCCAGCUGCGAUUGAUGGUGUGGUUUAUAUGGUAAAUGGAAAUAACGGCAAAAAGAAUUUGCUCCGGGUAAGACACAUCGAGGGCGUAUGUAUGAAAAUCCGAAGAGGUAUCGUGAGCGUGGGAUUCUGGGUCGGUAACUGUCUUGGUUACGGAGCUGCUGAUGCGCACACUGGUUGGAGAUCGGUGUCCCGGAUCUACGUGGAAGAAGUACCACCCCCACAGCCUUAAAAGCCAUGGACGAUGUCCUGAUACUUCAAAACAAGUUGAAAGAAAACGACGAUUUUUGAUUUAAAAGCCGAUUUUAGUAAGCUCUAACCGACACUGAUGUAAUGAAAAAUAUUCAAAUAAAUGAUCAUAGAGUGCAA